AUGCUGUCCAAUCCGGGCAUGUUUUCUUCAUAUUGUCAAACAGAACCAGGCGCUGCCUGGGAUACGACAGUUGAAGGCACACAGAACUUCACUGAGUUUUCAGACCAUGGAGAUAUCUACAUUCCGGACCCUGAUGAUUAUGUUCCCUUUGGCCACAACACUCCGAGGCUGGACCAGACAAAUGCCGCGGAUGAAUUGCACAGCAAGUGGACAGCAGCUGCAGCCGCAGCGGAACUCAAGGCCGCCAAGGCGGAGCCCAUGCGCCGGAUGACCUCCCGGAGCUCUGUCGGCAGCCACAAGCACAGGACUCUCAAGGCGUCGUCGUCAAAGAAGAGCCGCCCAAGAGUGACUUCCACUCUGCCUGCGGCGCCUUCGCAUUAUGCAAGCCUUGAUGUCACAGGUAAUGCCACCCUCUUCGCGGAUGCUGCCCUUGGCAAUGGGCACAUGAUGGACCCGCAGCAAUACCUUGCUCAGGAUCUGGAUACCCUCUCUGUGUCUUCUCACAUGUCCGCCCAGGCUUUCAGCGCCGGGAUCAUGGGGCUGCCUUCCGAUGGCCUCCCCUACUCUGCUGAUAUGGGCUUCGCUGUUGCCCAGCACGUGAACCCUUCUGCCACCCAGAUCUUUGAUCCCCACAUGGCCGGUAACUCUCCGCGUUCGUGGGCUUCCCUGAGCUCCGGAUCACGCAUUUCUUCUCCUGGACUUCCCGAUGAUGCCUGGUCUGCGGGGGGUCACCAUGUGUCCUCCCCCACCGACACGCAUAGUUCCUCGCCUGACUUCCCUGAUCAGUCACCAAGGGUGAGCCGGAAAUCGGAUGCCUCCCAUGCCUCCGCCUCGCAGGAUCUCCAUGGAAAUGUCAUGACUGCCAUUUGCGACGAUUCCUUCUCUCUCCCACCUCCGUUCAACGCUCGCCGUCUCAGCGGCGAAGGUGAGUCUGCAAGGGACCACUAUCUCUACAAGAGCGCGGUGCCGCACACGGAUGGCCUGUUCCAUUGCCCAUGGGAGGGCACCACAAACUGCAACCACAAGCCCGAGAAACUCAAGUGCAACUACGAUAAAUUUGUGGAUUCCCAUCUGAAGCCAUACCGCUGCAAGGCCGAGUCGUGUGAAAAUGCCCGGUUCUCUUCCACUGCGUGUCUCCUCCGCCAUGAGCGUGAGGCCCACGCUAUGCACGGCCACGGGGACAAGCCCUAUCUGUGCACCUACGACGGGUGCGAGCGCGCCAUCCCCGGAUGCGGGUUCCCCCGCCAGUGGAACCUCAGGGACCACAUGAGGCGCGUCCACAACGACAGCUGCACGGCAACAGCCCAGCAGCAGCCCGCUGCCACCACUCCGCCCCCGCCUUCCGGAAACAGCUCUAAGGGUCGCAAGAGGAAGAAGGACAGCGCAGACGGCUCGUCCAGCCGCAAGGCCUCCGCCAAGGCCAGCCAGAGUGCGGAGCCGGCUGUUCCCAAGGUUGCCGAAGGGCCAUCCAACCCGGAGAUCAACCAGUGGCACAACUAUCGAAAGACGCUCCAGUCGCUCGUCCAGGGAUUCACCCAACCCGAGGAUCCCAAUGUCCUGCAGCAGAUCAAGGACGCCCAGGGGCACCUGACCGCCAUGGGCAGGAUCUCCCGCGAGGCCAUUUCGACCAACAAGGCAGACCUCCUCCAGGGAAACUACCGCCAGUCUUGGCACCAAUCGGGAUGA